AUGGCAGAGGUCGGAGGCUUUCUUGGGGCACUCGAUUUGGAUUUACAAGGGUUUCCUGCGCUCGGGAAUAUUCCUUUGCCGGAAUCGCCUGUGGGUUUGAAUGAGAGAUUGGGACAGAUCGAAGGGAGGUUACAGCGAGGCUCUCUGACGGAUUUUGGCCAUCUCAAAGGCAUUUUACGCCGACGGCAGCUGUACUGUCGGACGGGUUUUCACCUGGAGAUAUUUCCUAACGGAACUGUGCACGGAACCAGACAGGACCACAGCAGAUUCGGGAUUUUGGAGUUCAUCAGCCUGGCUGUGGGGCUGGUCAGCAUUCGGGGAGUGGAUGCUGGACUCUACCUGGGGAUGAAUGAGAGGGGCGAGCUCUAUGGGUCGAAGAAGCUGACAGCAGAGUGCGUGUUUCGGGAGCAGUUUGAGGAGAACUGGUACAACACUUACGCCUCCACACUGUACAAGCACGCGGACACCGGGAGGUUCUACUACGUGGCCCUCAACAAGGACGGCUCCCCCAGGGAAGGGGGCAGGACUAAAAAGCACCAGAAACUGACCCACUUCCUGCCCCGGCCUGUUGAGAUGGAGAAGAUCCCCCAGGCCUACAGGGACCUGUUCCAGUACAGGUGA